UCCAUGAUGUCAAUAUGCUCAUGUAUUUGUGUUUAUAUUUCCUAAAAGAAAACAUGGAUGUUUUUAAAUGAAAAGAUACUCUUCAUGUCCGCGCGUGUGUCUCUCAGUUGUAAUUCUGUUAAGUUUGCAUAGUGCGAAUGCCGGAAGGCUUCCCUCCAACACCCUCACGACCACUGUUAUGAUGCAGUCAAGGGAUGAAGUUUUUUAAUGGGAUAUGCCAUUAAUCUGAUUGUUGUUGCUGGCGCUACUGUCGCAGUGCUAGUGGAGGGGAAGUCAGCUGGCACCGGCGUCGCGACGAAGCUUUGCCAGUCGACGUCAAGCGUCUAUUUGGGUUGCGUCGCAUCGCGUCACAAUUUUUUUAUAUUAAAAACUACAAAUGUGUUGUGUUGAUCUCGAUAGUGCUUUCGAUCUGUGAUGAGAACUACCCUGUAGUUUUUUAACAAAGCUCUUCGUGUUUUUUGAGUGUUGUGAUUUUUUGACAUGUUUUGGUGGUAGCGCUGUUUAAUUAUGAAAAGCCUUUUUCUUUUAGCCGCGUGCGCGUUCUCCGCGUGUCUGGCGGCUUGGCAGGAAAAUGUAAGGCCCAAGAUGUAUGUCCAAUUAGGUAAGAUGCCGAGCUUUGCUGAAAUGACCAAAGGAGCGGAAGACGACGUGCACCACUUCGUGGGGAACGAUACUCGCACCGACUACUUCCGGUUGAUGUUGCGAGAUGGAGACUCGCUGCUCGUGGGAGGACGGAACCUAGUGUAUAAUCUCAGUCUGUCGGAUCUGAACCAACAGCAGAAGCUGACGUGGUAUUCCAACGAACACGAUGCCAAGAUGUGUGUAAUGAAAGGGAAAGACGAGGAAAACUGCCAAAACUAUAUCAGAAUCAUGGCGAAAACUGCAGCGGGUCGCUUAUUGCUAUGCGGAACUAACGCCUUCAAGCCUGUUUGCAGGGAGUAUAAUAUUCUUAAUGGAAAUUACACGAUGGAAAAAGAAAAACCAGGUCAAGCUGUUUGUCCGUAUGAUCCCCACCAUAACUCCACAGCCAUUUACGUCGAUGGCGAUUUGUACACGGGCACGGUGGCCGAUUUCAGCGGAAUGGACCCUAUUAUCUACAGGGAGCCGCUACAGACGGAACAAUACGAUUCAAUGAGCCUCAACGCUCCUGACUUUGUCAGCUCCAUGACCCAGAAAGACUUCGUUUAUUUCUUCUUUCGGGAGACAGCAGUCGAAUAUAUCAACUGUGGCAAGGCGGUUUAUUCGCGCGUUGCGAGAGUUUGCAAGAAUGACAGGGGCGGACCGCACCGUUUUAGAAACCGCUGGACUUCGUUUCUCAAAUCCAGACUAAACUGCUCCGUCACUGGGGAGUUUCCCUUCUACUUCAACGAGAUACAGUCAACGACUGAAUUGAUUGAGGGCCAAUACGGCGAUGUUUACGCCCAAUUGAUCUACGGCACGUUCACGACACCGCCGAACAGCAUAUCGGGCAGUGCCGUGUGCGCCUUCAGUCUGCAGGACAUCACCGAUACGUUUGAAGGCAACUUCAAGGAACAGUCGGCCAUAAAUUCCAAUUGGCUGCCUGUGCAAAGCUCGAAAGUGCCUGAUCCGAGACCUGGACAAUGUCACAACGACAGCAGAACGUUGCCCGAUCUCACCCUCAAUUUCAUCAAAACACAUUCGCUGAUGGACGAAAGCGUGCCGUCGUUCUUCGGACAACCGAUCGUUAUCAGAACGAUUUUCCAUUAUCGCUUCACCCAAAUCGCCGUCGAUCCACAAGUUAAAGUGCCCGGAGGGAAAACUUACGACGUACUUUUUAUUGGAACUGAUAACGGUAAAAUAAUCAAAGCUGUGAACGGCCUGUCGGCGGAAACGCGCUACGGCGUCCGGCCCGUCGUGGUCGAAGAAAUCCAAGUGUUCCCAGUCCAUGUGCCUGUAAGAGGAAUCAAAGUGGUGCGAAAUUCCAAGAACGAAGGUCGUCUCGUCGUCAUUUCAGACGGAGAAGUGCAAUCCCUUCGCCUGCACCGAUGCGACAGCAAUAAAAUAUCGAGUUGCAGCGAAUGUGUCGCACUGCAAGAUCCCUACUGCGCGUGGGACAAGGUGCAGGGAAAAUGCAGGUCGCACGGCUCUGGUCGCUGGGGCGACGAGAGUUACUUUUUCCAAAGCGUCGCCACGGGCCAACACACUGCCUGUCCCCCGCCCAAGCUGGGCAAAGACGCUGGGUCAGUGGGCGGCUUGAGCUCCAGCCAACCCAAGUUCAACCAAGACCACCAGCCCAGCAAAGACCAGCCUGACGGGCAAGUGAUCAACAUUGUCCAAGACAAGACGUACGAAAGCAGCGAUCCGGCGGUUUCGGCCGCGGACACGCUGCCCGCCCAGUACUCGGUGGAGACCCUCAUCAUGGCGGUGGUGGCGGGGGCCGUGUCAGCCCUCGUGGUCGGCUUCAUCGCCGGGUACCUCUGCGGCAGGAAGUGCCACAAAGACGAAGACGACAACUUGCCGUAUCCCGACACGGAGUACGAGUACUUCGAGCAGCGGCAAAACAUGAACAGUUCUUUGCCGCUUUUCAGGAUACAAGCGGAGCCCAAGCUGCUGCCGCAGGAGGAGGUGACGUACGCUGAGCCAGUGCUGGUGCCGCAACCUCCACCAAAGCUACAUUCGCCAAAGAAUACACUUCGAAAGGGCCCUCAUCAAAAUAAUUCAGAGACCCUCUUCCAAUUUCAGACUGAUGCUGGCUACAAUGGCCGGGAUAAUUACCGAGGUCGUGAUAAUUUCGGCACCCUACGCUCACAUCAGGUUGGGUGAUAAUUAUAGGCGAGGUGAUGGCUUUGCAACCACUCGCAGCGUAAAGAAGGUAUACCUCUGAGAAAACAGUGAGGAGGGCGGAGUGGGUGCACGAAGUUUGGGACGGCCGCGCCCACCACGUUCGGGGCACAGUGCAUUGCCGACGAGCAGUGGAUCCUCCAGUUCCCCUUCGCCGCCCUCCUCAUCGCCAUCACCGACACCUCCCCGCACUGCCUCUUACAUAUACAGGGCUUAAGCGCCCCGCCAUACCACCCCCAUCCACGAACCCAAAAAAACCUUUUUCUAAGAAACUUGAUGUCUAAAUUUUAUAGAGAGAGAAAUCAAUAAGUGAUUAUACGUAAAUUGUUCUCUUGUUUCAGAGUUAAUAAUAUAUGAAAAAACCUUUGUUAUUGCUUGUUCCGACCGGAAUAGACAUUUUUAUAAGCAAAAUAAAAAAAUAAAAAGUCGUGAUUGUGGGUGGCAUGAGAAAUCGAUGGAUCUGAGACUCUAUAUUAGAAUACAGUAAAGAUAGCGACUAGUUUACACUUAAUGUGCGACAAGGAUAAAGUCAAAAGUAGAGGGUGCGCUAGUGUAGACCUAGGCAGUGUCUUAGACAGAUAGACUCGUUUAAGUAUUUUCAUGAUUAAUAAAGUGCUUCUUAUGAAUGUGUUAGGUAAGAAUGUCCGUAAUGAUAGAUUGUUAUGAUUUAGCAACAUUGUGAUUAGAUUGUAUAUUCUUUAGCUAUAAUGUUGUUCCAUCUGUAUCUUUGUUAUUGUAUACUCCAUAUUUUAUUACGAGAAGCCACCCACUUUGCCACUUGCGAAUUUCCGACCGCUCGCUCAGAGUAAAUAAGUUGCAAAGUGGGCAAGAUAUUAUUUCGUGCGAUUGAUUUCAUUCUCGAAAUUAAGCUAUUUUAUACAUUAACGCAUCUAGUAAUGUACAUAAGACUGAAAUAUAUAAUACUCCGUGUCCAAGUUUAGACAGUAAAGCUACUUUAUUCUUUCGGUUUUGUGCGCGUUAUCACAGUACAAACUUCCUAAUAAGCUUAGCAAGCUCGUGAAUAUUCGUAUAAUUUUUUAGUAAAAUAUUCUUUCUCAGCGAUGAAGACAAAGUAGUAGUCAUUGUUAUUAUUUUUGUUAUUUAAUUCUUUUAAUCUCAGUUUAGGUAUAUUUAUUUUUAUUGUUGCUCAAAUGUUUUAUACGCCGUAGAAUUAUUAGUGAAUGAAACACCAAUUGCGUUGUUGAUUUAUUUUGUGUUAUUGCUAUUUUUUCAACAAACUCAGUCAAUUUGUUAGUAAAUUUGUGAGGCAAAUUUAAAAUAACAUUGAGACACAUUUUUGUAUCAAACUUGUGCAUACAUAAUAUUGUGAUUGAAUACAGAAGUCAUGAUUUGUAGAGACUGUUGCAAUUUUUUGUUCAUAUUUGUAAAUAUUUUAUCACCUUUGUAAAACCAAAACAAUUAUUUUAAUAUCAUCAACACGACAAAAAAUUGCAAUAAUUGUUUGAUUUUUUUACAUUCUAGCAUUUUAACUAAGGUAAUUCCAAUAAUUAUAUUCAGCAUCUGUAUUUCCCAAAUUGUAUAAAGUUGUAGAUAGAAUUUUAAUAAUAUAGUAUACCUAGUCAAGUUGAAUAUUUAAAUAUUACAGAACUUUGGCACUCAGAUAUUUUAUAGAUUUUAGCGCUAGUUUUUUUUGAGUAUCAAAUUUUGGGGCAUCAAUUUGCAAUUUGUUUAAUUUUGUAAACAGUUUACAUAGAACAUAGUGUAAAGUGAAUUCUAAUAAUUGAUUAUCAAAUGAUACUUGCUUCCUCUGAAGGGAUACGCCCAGCCCCUACUGCAGAAAUCUGCAAUAUUGCUGUGCAACAAGCAUUUUGUAUCUUGUAAGGCUGCAGCCAGUUUUUUAAACAUUACAAUAUAAUUAUAUGAUAAUAGAAUAAUAUAGUUCUAGUUAGUUGAUAAGUAUAUUUGCAAAUUGUAUGUCUGCAGUUCGUACUGAUUCCAGUCUGAUUUGUCUGGAUGUUUGCCUAAGAAAGCCUUUAGCAUAUUAUAUAAACAUCGUUACGUCAUGCAAACAGUUAUAUAUUUAAACAUUCCAUAUUCGAUACAAAUGAAAUAUUUACUAAUUAACUUUGUCUGACAAAAAAUAUUUAAAUACUUUGUCAAUAUGUCUUAGAAGGUACGUUAAACUGGAAACCGAUUACAAUUCUAAAGAUAGAUUUAAAACGGCGCUGCGAACGACAGUUGUAAUUAUAUAAUAAGCCUUUCGCAGAUGUACUAUAUUUAAUAAAACAAUUAACAGUUUGUCCAGAACAUUAGUUGCUACACUUGUUUCUUGUAUAGAAAAACGCCCCCUCAUUUUACUUCUAAGAAGUACGACGUAAUACUUGAAAUUUUUAUAUCAUCUCAUUUGGAAAUGUCUUUGUAUAUUAAAUAUUCUGGGCAAAGUGUAUCAUACCCAUUUAAUGAUAUUGACUUUAGACAAACACAAUGUAUUCUUUGAAUAGAAAUAAAAGAAACUUAAAUAAAA